AUGUCGGAGAAAAGUUUGGGCGUAUAUACACAGAGUCGUGCUCGCGAGAAGCAGAAGGUAAAUCGGAGCCCAACGUCGCGGGAGGAAGAAAAAGUAGUGUCCUUCAAGUCGAAGGUAGAAAUCAGCAGGCUGGGAGGUCGGUUGAGCGAGGUGGUGGGUCCCGUCGUGGAGGAGGCCAUCGAGCCAGGGGAUGCGACCCCGCUGACGGGACCCUCGAGGGAGACCUCGAUUCCUCGAGCACCUCCGCCGCAACGUGUUACUACACCGAGUCCGCCGAGACCGCCGCCCGCUACGUCUCAGCAUCACGAGAAUCCGGGUCAUCUGACCCACAAUCCGGGGCACCAGUCCCAAAAUCCCGGGCAUCACAAUUCGGGUAAUCCCGGCCACAAUCCCGGUCACAACCCCGGUCAUCAAACACAUAAUCCGGGAAAUCCCGGCCACAAUCCAGGCAAUCCCAGCCACAACCCAGGCAAUCCCGAUCACAACCCAGGCAAUCCGGGACAUAACCCGGGCAAUCCGGGCCACAACCCGGAUAAUCCCGGCCACAAUCCGGGUAAUCCAGGUCACAAUCCCGCCAAGUCAGAAUCCAACUCAGCCGACACAGGGUGA